UUAUAUUUUUUUAAUUUUGCAGACAAUGGACAACAUGACUACUCCAGUGGCAACAUCAGUUCCUGAUCUUGAAGACUCGGUCACGUUGAUCAUUGCUCGCUGGCUGGUUUCUAUUGUUGGAGUCGUUGUCAAUCUGCUUGUAAUGUUUGUCUUCAUCUAUAAUAAAACCUAUAAGAAAUCGUUGUCACAUGCCCUGUUGCUUCAUCAAACAAUGAUUGAUAUGUUGGGAUGUUGUAUGUUCCUGGUCUUCUACAACUACGAUGCCCCUGAAGGUACAAAGGGAAAUGUAUUCUGUAAGAGCAGGUUUCUAUACUGGUAUAUGUCAGCGACGUCUUCUUACAAUCUCGUAAUGAUUACCAUAGAGCGCUAUGUUGCUGUCGUUCAUCCUGUCAUGUACCGGCAGAAGAGCGUUAGCAGAAAGAAAAUAGCCACACUAAUUGUUCCUCAUCUUUUCGGAUUCCUUUCUUCCUGCACGGUCAUGGUCAUUGCUAAAGUAAAUCCAGAAAGCAAAGGUGAAUGUAAAUACUUUUACUCUAGUAACACAACCGCACUGUUAUCUGCUUUCUUCAUAUUUAGCAUGUACUGGAUGAUUCCCGUCAUUGUGUUAGUAUAUUGCUACGCACGCAUUUUGCUGAGCCUGCGCAAGAUGGCAAAGAUUCAAAAUUCGAACAACGAAUCGCGCUCCAGCAAUAACCGACAACUAAAAAAACCACAGCGAAGCAUGAUCCUGACAUUAGUUCUCGUGGCCAUAGCAUUUCUCGUUACAGUCACGCCAAAUUUCACGUUGUACAUUGUGUACAAUAUUUGCAGAUGUUUUGAGUUCAGCUCUGUUCUCUUGCAUGAAGUCACCGUGUUAUUGAAUGUUGGGAAUCUGUGUAUCAAUCCGUUUAUAUAUUGCUUUACCUUUACAGAAUUUAAACGCGGGAUUCGGAAGAUUCGCAACGAUAUUUUGGGUAGGCCUACACAAGCACAAGAUGACAAUACACAGACUUUCACACAGACAGUGUCGUAACACAAUUAAUUAUAUUGAUAUAUUACACAGUAAUAGUAGAGAAGUGUUCUGCUAAUAGGGGUGUCCCCUAAAAUAGAGGUUGGCCGUAGUGUUGAUGUAAUGUCCUCGUUUCGUGGCCGAAAAAAUGUCCCUUUAAUAUGGGAGUCACAAGGGAAAUCUACUGUAUUCUGGUUCUAUAGUGAUAAUAAACCGAAAAUACCACAUUAUGCAGGCAUACCUACAUACAUACACCUAUAUAUACAUACAUAUAUAUACAAACAUACAUACAUACAUAAUAUAUAUACAUAUAUAUAUAUAUAUAUAUAUAUAUAUAUAAAAAAAUAUAUAUAUAUAUAUAUAUAUAAUGAAAGAAAGGUAAAUACAGUGUUCAAGUAGAAGACAUAUAUAAUAAUACCGUGUAGCCUCUCAACUAAUGUUGUCCUUUAAAUAAAUGAACAAAUUUCGAAUUCGAAUCCCGUCAGAGGCAUUUUAUUACACAAUUCCUUUAUUAUUUAUUUAUUUAUUUAUUUAUUUAUUUAUUUAUAGGACAACAUUCGUUGAGAGCUAUUCUACACGAUGUAUCUAUAUGUCCUUUAUCUGAACACUGCAUUUACCUUUUUUUGAACACUAUAUUUAACUUUGAUGGGA